AUGGCGACAAGCGCACAUGCACCGCCAGGCGCGCUGGUGGUGGACGACUACAGCAGCCUGGACCCCUUCACGACGCACGACGGCCACCGCCAGCGGUACUCGGCCUUUGACAACGCCCACUUCUCCCUCUACCUCAACGGCUCCCCGGCCCAGGCCAAGCGCGCCCUUGAGGCACAUCUCGCAGAGACGACGCGCCGCCUGCAGGAGACGUCGCACCUCGGCAAUGCGCUCGUCCAGCAGCGCCAGGAGCUCGAGCAGCGCCUGCACGAGGUCGAGGGCCAGCAGGCAGACAACGACAUUGGCCCGGAGCUGCGCGCCCGCCUGGCCGAGCUCGAGAAGGAGUUCAACGAGGUCGGCAGGGAAACCGCGCGCGCCUUCCUCCCCAAGUCGCGCGUCCCCAGCGGCGAGUCGGACGCCAACGGCGGCUCCGUCUACGCCAGCGAGGCCAUGCAGUCGCCCACCAAAGUCAGCGUCCCCUCUCGCAAGCAGCGCAACCAGCAGCCCAGCCGCAUCCAGGACAUCACCCUGGCCACCGAGAUCUCCACCUCCCUCUUGUCGCAGCUGAAGGAGCUGCAGGCUGUCCUGCUGGAGAAAGACGAGGCCCUCAAGGCCGCCGACCUGGACCGGUCCAACCUGGAAAUCGAGGUCGAAGGCCUCUCGCAGCGUCUGCGCACCCUCGACGAGAGCGACUCGCGCCUCAAGGACGUCAACUGGAGUCUCGAGACCCAAGUGCGCGAAUUCGAAGCGCAGUCAAAGUCGGCCUCCGACAAGGAGCACCGUCUCAACUACGCGCUGAACCUGGCCAAAUCCGAAAAGUCGACGCUGGAGCGAGAGUUUGAAGAGCUCAAGGGCAUGCACGCAAAGCUCAACGAUGACCACAUCAACAAGUCCAAGCAGCACGAGACAGAACUGUCCGGUCUGCGACGGAAUCUGACCAUGGGAGAGUCGGAGAGAAACGCGCUCCAACGCAAGGUGGAAGAGCUGUCCACGCAGAACCAGGAGCUUGCCAAAGCCGUAGCCUAUCGAAUGAGAGGCGAUGAGCACAACUCGCCCGAGGAGGCAUCUCCGGAGGAGAGCUUCCACGAGGGAGAAAGCUUGACCCCUGAGCACUCUCCUCCGCCCUCGCCAAGCAAGGCCACCCCUCGUCACGGCCAGCUCGAAUCAGAGACCCUCAAGCACUCGCUCCAGCACGCCCACCGCAUGAUCCAGCAGCUCAAGAACAACAUCCACCGCGAGAAGACGGAAAAGAUCGAACUGAAGCGCAUGCUCCAGGACGCCCGCGAUGAGAUCGAGUCCAACCGCAGCGAGUCCAAGGGCCCUGGAAGCGCGAGCAAGCGCAAGAAGACCGACAAGGAUGUGUUUAAGAAACCAGCCCGUCCCGACCGCCUCGGAGCCUUGAGGCAAGGCAAGCAAGAGGUUGUCAUGGAACUCGACGAUGAUGAGUGGGAAGAGCAAGACAUCAUCCCCUCGCCAAGCAAGCCUCAGAGGCCCCAUCAUUCGGUUCCUGAAGCGUUCAACAGCGGCUACUCUUCCAUGGCCGAGACCAGCGCCAACGAAGCAUUCGAGACUGCCAACGAGGUCUCUGAUGCCGAUUUCGACACUGCCAACGACGACGGUACCACUACAGAGACGGACGCUUUCCAGACUGGUGCCGAGACCCUUGAUGGAGAAAGCAGCGAUGAAUCGACCGAGACUGAGAUGGGAUCGACCCAGGGAACCAUUCGGAACAGGUCGCCGAUCAUCAGGCGAAGUCAGAGCGGCCAGAGCUACCGGGACACGUACGAGAGUACCGCCUCAAACUCCGACUACGACUCGGAAAGGGACACGCAAACACCAGGUCACAACCGUAAUUCGUCUUUCAGGUUCCUCAGACCAAGUAGCUCUCGCAAGUCUGUCGCGACACCACGAGGAAGUCUUCAGGACAUCUUCCACCAUGGCACACCGCCCAUGACGAGAGACUCCCCAGCCAGCAACAGCAACAAUAGCACCCCGGCCCAGGGCAGGAGUCUGUUCGCGGAGCUGGACGGUUUGAGUGGAGGGGAAGACACAGACAGUGCUGCCGAGGGUACACCAAGUCGAUCGAGCCUCUUAUCUCCUGACUCUUCGCCCGAGAAAGGCGUCCUUGGGCGAUCUCCUCUGCAACGAACCAUACCCAUGGUGGCUAUGAUUGAUUCCAGCACAAUGACAGAGCUCGAUGCGCCCCAACACGUAGGCGUCUCCUCCAUCCACGACAUCUAUGAUGUUCAACCUCAGGCUCCUUUACCAGCUGCGCUGCACCUCUCGUCGCUGGUUAGCCAGGGUACAAGCCCGCAAGCGCCACUUCCGCAGCAGCUUCAGCUCUCGGCGCACGCUUUCCACCACACAGAACCGAAACUCGUGGUCCCUCCUUCGCUCAACAUCUCCAACGUCUCUGGACAGGCUACCUCUCCUCAGACCCCUGCCCUUGUACCCCUGGCCAUCUCAUCCACCUCGUUCCACGAUACGUCACCUCGGGUCCCCACAGCACCGCCCCUUGGCAUCUCAACCAUGGAGACUCAUCACAGUCAACACACUGCACCUCAGUCCCCGCCUGCUCCCGCUUUCGACUUCUCUUCGGUCGCAGGUCAUGCCACGUCGCCGCGUGCUGUACCUCCACCCGCCUUGGGCGUUUCUUCCGUGUCUGGACACACAACCGAGCCUCGCUCUGCGCCUGCACCAGAUUUCAAUCUUUCUCUGGUGUCUGGCCAUGAGACGGAGCCGAGGGCCGCACCCGCACCUUCGUUCAACAUGUCGAGUCUGUCUGCACAUAUGACGGAGCCCAGGGAUGUUCCGAGACAGAGCUUUGGUAUGUCGGAGGUCUCUGGACACGCUAGUGAGCCGAAGGACGCUCCUCGUCAUUCGUUUGACAUAUCUUCUGUCUCUGGGCAUGCGACUGAACCCCAAGAUGUACCUCGUCAAUUGUUCAACAUGUCCUCCGUCACUGGACAUGCAAGCGAGCCUCGGGAUGCCACUCCCCGAGCUUUCGAUAUGUCUUCGGUGUCAGGCCAUACAACUGAGCCUCAGCAUGCGCAGGCAACACCUCUCCAUUUGUCGAACUUCUCAUCACACAGCACCGCACCUGUGGAGCCUACGGGUGAGAGAGGGGUACGUCAGGCUUUCGGCAUGUCUUCGAUGGUGCAACAGAGCACUGAGCCCAGGGAAGGCCAGGGGCUGAAGGCCCUGGCUCCCGCUGCCCUCUUUGCAUCUGGUAUUGCCGCUUCGCAGAUGACUGAGCCCCGGGAAGCGUCGAGGUCGGUUGACGCAAGUAGCGAGGCUGCCUCAGUUCCUGACAGCCGAGAACUCAACGAGAGGGAACUUGUCAGGCAAGCUCCACUGCAGAUGUCCAGCACUUCGGCACACUCAACUGCACCUGUCGAGGUACCUCGUGCACCACUGUCGACGUUCUCGACCAUGUCUUCACAGGCAACGGAGCCGUACCAGCCGAAGACAACUCCCCUCCAGUUGUCUAUGCACUCCUCUCAGACGACAGAGCCUUUCGCGCCCAAGCAAGCGGUCCAUGCAUCGUCAAUCCAUUCGUUCCAGGCGACAGAGCCCGUCGUGCCUAAGCAAGCUAUUCAUCAAUUCUCGAUGCCCUCAUCCCAGGCAACAGAGCCGUUUGCUCCUCAGCCAGUGGCUCACCAGCUUUCUGUACAUUCUGCGCAGACGACUGAGCCUGUGACACCUCAACAGCAGACCCUGCAGAUGUCAACGUUGGCAUCGAAGGUCACGGAACCGAUCAUUCUGAAGCCACAAUCUCUGGAGAUGUCGACAUUUGCGUCAAAGACCACUGUGCCUGUUAUCCCAGAACCGCAGUCCCUGCAGCUUUCAUGGUUCGCUGCAGAGGCUACGGAGCCUGUGGCACCCAAGUCGGCGGUCUCGGGACUGUCCUCCCUGUCUUUCCAGGCGUCCGAGCCUGUCGAGGCACCCAAGGCGGCGCGCCCGGUCAUCUCAGCAACUUCUUCGCAAACGACAGAGCCCGUUCAUCCAAGGGCAGCGACUUCGACUUUCUCGAUGUUUUCCUCGCAGACCACCGAGCCGCUGGAGCCGCGCAAGCAGGCGUUGCCCAAGGUUUCACUCGUCACCGCUCAGCACACCGAGCCUUUCCAUCCCGCUGCGAUAGCACCCGACUUCUCGGAUGUCAAGACACUCCAAAGUCAUGAGCCUGAGUCACCUACAGUUCCCUCGUUCUUGCCAACCCCCAGCAGGCCGUCGACAGCGAACCGUGUUUCUGCCCCACCGCUGUCGAUGUCGUCUCUCUUCACGGAGCACUCGGAACCAAAAGCAUCCUCAAGGCCGGUCACCGCGCGCCGCACUGUACCCGCACCAUGGAAGCUUGACUUCUCUGACGCUAUGUUGCCAUGGAAUCAAGGCAAGCAGGUAGAGCAGGAAACAGCCCCUACUAGUGACAGAGCUGUCCGCACUCCACUCACGCCUAUCAGCACGAAUGCCACACAGAAAGCCCCACGUAUGCCCAUGACCGAUGGCGGUACUCAAACCAUGGUCUCUGCCGAGCAAAUCGACAAGUUGUUGCUCGCUCGCAGCAACAGAUACUCCGGAACCAUUGCUACAGCUGACGUUGAGAAAUCUCUGUCGCCACCUGAUUCACCCAGCAGGAGACAUUCCGGUGAGCGUCUCCCUCGACGCCCUGGCAGCUCUGGUAGUAUCCGAUCCCGUGCUGCAUCUCCGCCGCCCCUGCCGGCGGACCACAAGCAGGUCAUCGCUGCCGCUGCUCUCAAACAGCCGCUGUUACCCCCAACGACGCCUGGGACGAUGGGACCUCCUGUCAUGCCAGCCUCGGCUUACAAGAAGCCUUCAACACCCUCACUCAGGACAGGUACAGCAACUCUGACACCCAAGACCGGUGGUACCACGCCACGUGCGCGUCCGCGGUCUACGAACCGCAGCGAUGCUCGUAGUGGGGCAUCGUCGCCAAUAAGUCGCCGCUCAUCCAUUUCUUCCUUCACGUCCGAGGUCGACCAACGCUUUAACAUUGCAGGUGGGCCAUCUUUCGCCCCGCCAGGAGUGCCAGUCGGUGCUACCGAUCCUCGCAUGAUCCAGGCAAUCACCCAGACGAUGAUCGGUGAGUAUCUUUGGAAGUACACUCGCAAGACCCUCGGAGGCGGCAUGUCUGACACUCGUCACCGCCGGUUCUUCUGGAUCCAUCCCUACACAAGGACCCUGUACUGGAGCGAUAGAGACCCCCAGACAGCUGGAAAGACGGAACUCAAAGCAAAGAGUGUGGCGAUCGAGUCUGUCGAAGAGGUCGAAGACUCGAACCCAAUGCCCCCCGGCCUCCACCAAAAGAGCCUGCUCGUCUUCACACCUGGUCGAUCGAUCAAAUUUACUGCUGCUACAGGCAAGCGCCACGAAACAUGGUACAACGCACUCAGCUACUUGUGCCAACGUGUCGAGGAGGGAAGCGAGCAGCCUGAGCAAAAGCCUUCCGAGUCUCCGGCAUCGAACGAGAUCCAGGAUGAGUUCAACGCUGGGUACCGGAGCGCGUCGCGAGCCACUGGCCGAUCGAGAGCUUCCAUGUCUUCCCGCGUCAGUCGACACGCCAGUGCAAGCCGUGACGAAGUGCCUACGCUUCGACAGCACCACGUCACCCCGCAACGCGCACCUUCUACGGAGCCCGGGCAAGCUGGUUCCAUGUCUGGUCGCUUCAGCAGCAUGCUGCGACCCAAUUCUGCCAUGCGAGGAUCUUUCUCGAGCCGCCGAAGCCGAAUCACCGCGAGUACGUUUGAGGAGCCAAGCAACGCCACCAUGGAUCUCAGUCGCGAAAUCCACGACCAUGUUGAGCGCGACAUUGAAGGUUUGGUCAAUGUUCGUGCUUGCUGUGACGGCAAACACGACGUCGGUCAUCUGCACAUGCACACUGUGAAGAGCCGACACAACGGCAGCAACAACCUGAACAAUCGGCCAUCUUUCAUCGGCUCGCUGACUUCACGGUCGAGCUCACGCGCUGAUACACGCGCGGAGUCGCGCACUGAGUCGCGGACAAAUUCACGGACCGAAUCACACGCAGAAGCUCGCGACGAUCGGAUACGACACCAGACCGACAUGGAGGCUGCCAACUUCAGCGCUGGUGGUUAA